AUGCCACCACUCUGGCAGAUCGAACGGGAGCUCGGCCAGUUGGCCGUUUAUGUUAUGGGCGGUGCUGGCAUUACAGGUGAUACAAACAAGAAAAACGACACAAGCGACAAGGACGACAAGGAUGAUAAGGGCGAUAAGGGCAAGAAAGGAAGACCGCCACAAAACAGCGAGGCCAGGCGCCAGCGAUUACUUAAAGGCGGCGUCACGUUCAAAAUGAAUAACAUCCUCAACCAUCUUAAUGUGCGCAAGCGUUGCCAAGAACUCGAGGAGAAGGGCAAGCAAACAGAGCCAAAGAAUGCAGCCGGUCCAGAAAGGAAUAAGGAAGAGCAAGAGGCACUGCAGAGCAUUCAGACCGCUCAGCAGCAAGAGGCAGGAGCCGAGUUCGAACAAGAAGAGGAGUCUUCGGACAAUGGUCUUGAAGCUGCAAUGCUGGAAGCCUUGGCGAAUGCCUCCUCCGAGCCCGAACCGGCUAAGAAACAGCCUGCUAAAGAUUUGCAGAAGAAAAUAACAGGCUCAAAGCUAUCGACCACCGAGUCCGCUCCCGAGGGCCCGACGACCUCCAAGCCUCGUCACCAUCAGUGA